GUUAAAUUGUGAAUGCGGAGGAGUAAGAAUAAGUAAGACACCUGGUACAAGCCUCGUUUGGAGGUUGGCCUAAAAAAUCUUUGUUGCUCCUAGGCAAGUUGAAGUUUGCUUGUUGAUUAACAAUUUCGGGGACUUUGUAUGCAAAAAGAACGGCUGACAAAGCUUUUGAAUAAUAAAAAAGUCUGGAAAAUAGUUUUUGUGGAUUCAAGCAGCUGAAAAUGGUCAGUGACGAAGAUAGCGACGUCGUAUCCCUCGAACCCGCUGACGAGGGGUUUAGCGCAAAGAUCAGGCUAUGGGUUUCGUGGUCUUGGCGAUACCUUUGGGGGAUAUGGUUCUUGAUGAUUGUUGGACUUCUUUGGACUUUUCGUGGCCCUCUUAAACUGCGCGAAAAUAUCAAUUUUGCAUCAAUAUUUAUGUCUGGUUUAACUCCAAAAUUCUAUGUUGCAUUAACUGGAACAUCAUCACUUAUAUCAGGACUUAUAUUGAUGUUUGAAUGGUGGUAUUUUAGAAAGUUUGGGACAUCUUUCAUUGAGCAGUUCUCAGUUUUGCACCUUGGCCCAUUGCUUGGAGUUGGUGAUGAUCCACAACAAGUGCAAAACUUAAAAGCAGAAUGCAAAAUGUGGAGAAACCCUAUGAGUCUUUUCAGAGGUGCUGAGUAUCAAAGGUUAAAAUGGACUUUGCGUCUGGAUGCUCUGACAAGCUAUGACCUGUCAUUAUCAAUGAAAGAUCAUCUUUCCUUGUUUACAUGUGAGGUUGAUUCUGAUGCAGCUAAAGCAAGACCUGGUGACAAUAAAAUGGUACAAGCAUGGAAAGAGAAAGAUCCUGCAAAGCGCAUAGCUCUGGCCCAUGACGCUGCAAGUGAAUCUUCAAAUUGUGCAACUGCCUAUAUAUUGUUAUCAGAAGAAGAAUCUAGAACGAUAGAAGAUGCUGAGUCCCAAUUUAAGCAGGCAUUAAAAGCAAGUGAGACGUGGAUACGACAAAAAAACUCGCCUUCGACUAACGAUGAUUCAGAAUCUGUGCAAAGAAGAGAUACGAAUGUCCACGUAUACAUAAGAAGACGUUUAGCAAUGUGUGCAAGGAAAUUAGGCCGUGUAAAGGAAGCUGUAAAAAUGAUGAAAGAUCUUUUAAAGGAAUAUCCUUAUCCUGCUGGUUUAAAUAUCCAUGAAAAUUUAAUUGAAGCUUUGCUUGAAAUGCAGGCUUAUUCAGAUGUUCAGCAAGUACUGACAAAAUAUGAUGAUAUAAGUCUACCGAAGUCAGCCACUAUAUGUUACACAGCGGCUCUUCUUAAAGCGAGAGCUGUUGCAGAUAAAUUCUCGCCCGAAAAUGCUGGUAAAAAGGGUGUCAGCCCUGCUGAAAUUAGUGCAAUCGAGGCAAUCCACAGAGCAGUAGAAUUCAAUCCGCAUGUACCCAAGUAUCUACUGGAGCAAAAAAGCUUAACUCUACCCCCGGAACAUAUUCUCAAAAGGGGUGACAGUGAAGCAAUCGCUUAUGCCUUUUUUCAUUUACCCCAUUGGAAAAGAGUCGACGGAGCUUUAAAUCUUCUGCACUGCACAUGGGAAGGAACUUUUAGACUUCUUCCUUAUCCAUUGGAGAAAGGCCAUUUAUUUCAUCCUUAUCCAGCAUGCACUGAAUCUGCAGAUAGAGAACUUCUUCCAGCUUUUCACGAUGUUUCUGUUUAUCCACAAAAAGAGCUGCCUUUCUUUAUUCUCUUUUCGGCUGCACUGUGUGCAUUCUCAGCUCUAGUAGCGCUGCUUACGCACCAGUUCCCAGACCCCAUGGCCAAAGCAGCCCAUUUGAUAUUCACGUGGGUUUCCUUUCCGUUUUCCAUAAUGCUUCAGAAAGUUGAAGAUAUCUUUCCAGCCCAUAUUUGGCAUCAACUUACCAGAAUUUAACAGUCAAGGAAAUUCAGUUUCUUGGUGUUUAGACUCAUGACAUUAUCAUUAAUUGUUGAACGCUGGAACUUUCUAACAUAAAUGUUUUUAAAGACCUAGGGUUUGAAUUUUAAGUGCCUAAUUGUAAGCAUAACUCAAAGAUUUAAAAAAAUAUCAUUAGGUAUUUCAAAAUAUA